AGCGUGUGUGUCGUCUGUCUUUCUGUUUAUGAAGUAAACAAUGUCCUGCUCUUGCACGUUUUCAAGCUGACAGUCGAUUGACCCGGUUGUAUGAAAUGGAGUUUAUAUUCCAUUGACAAAUCAGUUCCAGUUCUUUCAUUUAUUCCUGUCGUUGUGAUAUAAAUUUGGAUGAUGAAACUUGUGUAACAAGAUAGUCAAACCUCACGGAUGGAUUCCUUAGUUCUGUCUCCACGUUCUUCUCAAAUGCCUAGCUUUCAUCUGUUAAAUUGUUCAGAAUGGAGGAGAUCCUUAUUGGCAAUGAAUAGCACCAUAACCCCACUUGGAAAAUUUAUAGGAAGUCAUGCUAAUUUCAUGAAAAUCGAUCCUUGCAUUCUUCUUUAAGUAUCCAGCAAACCGUACCAAAAAGAAACUUUUACACGAUCUCAUACACCACCAGCAUACAACAGCCUUACCAUGGAUUUUCGAUUGCUACCAACUGUGCAGGAAAUUUUAAAUUCCACGAGCCCAGAUUUGUUUCCCAAUAUUAUUAAAGGGGAGUAUCCUGAUGUGGAUACCUAUUUGGACAUCCACUAUACUCUUCAACGUGAAGAUUUCAUCCGACCCAUCAGAGAAGGCCUUGCUGCUUACAGAAAGACUCCUGACAAUGGAAAGAACUCCAACAGUUUAAGGAUUUUCCACAAUGUGCAGUUUUCUAAAAUAGCCAGAAUCAGUCACGAAUUGGGCAUUGAUGUCCUGUUUAACACAGAUGACUGUAUUGAUGAAGAUUGGGAAAAUUCAAAAAGAUUCAUGCGAGGCUCACUCUUAAUAUUCACCAAAGAUGAUUUCAAAUCUGUGAUUAUGGGUACAGUUCUUCAGCAUAAUCCGGCUCAGCUCAGGAGAGGUUGUGUCACAGUGCAACUGAAUGAUGUUAGCCAUUGUUCUUUGGAAAAAAGUGUACACAAGUACACUAUGGUUGAACCAGACACUUACUUUUUGCCUUACAGUCAAGUAAUGAAAGUAUUACUGAGUCUUGAUGAAAGGUCUUUCCCAUUCCGUAGUGAAAUAAUCUAUGCUUAUAAGGGAGGCUAUGAGCUGGAGUACAUAGACCCGUCUACACGUUUUGAAUUGCCAUGGGGUGCUUUUGCACCUGCUAUGGAGAUUGAUAGGCACCUCUCAGCUCGAGAUAUGUGUUUGAAUGAAUCACAAUUUAAGGCUCUAACUGCAGCUCUCACAAACCGUUUAGUUCUCGUCCAAGGUCCUCCUGGAACUGGAAAAACUCAUGUUGGAACUAAAAUUGUGGAAAUCCUCCUGCUUAAUUCCAAAAUUUGGAAUAAGAAUAAUGAGACACCACUGCUAGUAGUAUGUGCUACCAAUCAUACUCUGGAUCAAUUUUUGGAGAGGCUUCUACCAUUGACAGAUAGAGUAGUACGGGUUGGUGACCAAUCUAAAAGCGAAAAGCUCGUUCCAUACAACUUGAACACCAUCCUGCGAAAUGAAGAGGAUCGUCAAAACCAGCCUGCUGCAAUGAGAAUUUCCUACAAAACAAUGAUGCAACAGUGGAACAUUGUUGAGAAGUACCAGCAAGUCAGAGACAAAGUGGGGCCAUCACUCGUUGAAAAGACCAAGUGGGAACAAGAAACACUUGCUCAAGAAAAGGAUUACUAUGACAGAGUUCAAGCAUUCAAGGAGGUGCAACAAGAAAAAGGCCUUCAGAAGCUGCAGGAAGCGCUCAUUGUUGGUAUGACAACAACUUGUGCUGCUCAAAUGAAUUCAGUACUACAGAAACUGCGUUCGCCUAUUGUGGUUGUGGAGGAAGCUGCUGAAGUCCUUGAAGCUCAUAUCAUUGCUUCUCUUACACAGUAUUGUAAACAUCUGAUUCUUAUCGGAGAUCAUCAGCAACUUCGCCCGUCGACAGCUCACCCAUACCUUUCGGAAAAAUGUCACCUGGAAGUGUCUUUAUUUGAAAGGCUUGUGAACAAUGGUGUUCCUUAUCAAACUCUGAAAACGCAACAUCGCAUGCGUCCGGACAUUGCUUGUCUGCUUACUCCAGUGUUCUACAGUGUACUUGAAAACCACCCUUGCACACUCAACCGGGAGCAUAUUAGAGGGAUGAGAAAGAACAUGUUUUUCAUGUCUCACUCUUUUCAUGAGAAGGAGCACAAGGCAACUCAUGGAUACUCAAACAUGUUCGAAGCUACAUUCAUCAUUGCUCUCUGUCAACACCUUCUGAAGCAAGGGUACAGGGCUUCAGAUAUUGUGAUCCUAUCCAUGUACAUCCAGCAAGUGAGGCUUUUGAAACAGCUGCAGUCAAAAGAAAGGGAGCUGAGUUCCUUAGCCAUUACUUCGGUUGACAAUUUCCAAGGACAGGAAAGUCCCAUUGUUCUCCUUUCUCUUGUGCGCAACAACAAGGGCACUAUUGGGUUUCUUCGUACAUCAAAUCGCACGUGUGUUGCACUAUCAAGAGCACGAAAUGGUCUAUAUAUAUUUGGAAACAUUGAUCUGUUGGCAUCUCAGAGCCCAGUCUGGGAAAAAUUGAAAGAAGUUCUCAACAAGCAGGGUGCAGUUGGACCAGGUUUGCCUGUUGUAUGCUCAAAUCACUUGACUUCAAACGUUGCUGAUUUGCGCCAUGUUGGAAACUUGUCAUCAUGUCCAAAUUGCUCUUAGAUUUUAGUUUUACUAGGUGGAUAUUUCCACGAUUCAACAGAACUUUUCUUUCGAGAACCAACAUUGUUUUAAUUAUGUUUGUUUUUACUUGUGUAUAUUGUUUCCAGUCCACAAUCACACUAUUAAAGGCAUGAAUUACUUAUAUGCCCAAGUGUCAUAUGGAGAAAAUUGUUUAUUUCAUAGAAAUUAUAAUGAACUGUAGCAUCUCUGCAUAUUUGUUGUUGCAUGCUUCACUUUAGUCAAUGAUGUAAAAUUUCAAAGAUUGUACGCACUAAAUUAAUAAAUUAUUCAAACAUUAA